GCGUUCACUCACUGGCUCUGGAGGCACUCGGAGGAGCCACCUCUGGAUCGAAAGCGCAUUUCACUCGCCUCUGCGCGCACGCAUACAGCGCCGGACGUCGCUCUGCAGAAAUCAACAAUUACACGGAGCUCCGGCAACAACAACAGCCCUUCCUGCAAAGAUAGUCUGUAGGUUUUAUUCUGUGGGACUCGGCAGCAGCUGCGAGCACUUUGGAGCAUCUGGGCAGGUCGGUUUUUAUCGACAGAGAUGGGACGCGAUGAGAGAAACAUACACGAGAGGGAGGAGGUAGCCUAGAAAAAGAAAAAAGGUGAGAGAAGAGGAGCGUGCAAAUAAAAAUCCGGGACCUGGAGCAGCUCCACAGCAAAUAUCUGACCUCCUCCUCCUCCUCCUCCUCUUCCUCGGACGGUGGCAAAACUGGUUGUUGAAAUGGAGAUGUCGAGAGUUGCGUCUCCUCCUCCAACACACGCGCUGCUGAGGCUGCUCACGAUGAUGAUGAUGGUGUUUGCGUAGGAGUGCUUUAUUUUGCGGCCAGCGUUGGUUAUCUAGUCUCUGUACUGUUCAAACAACUCCAGACAAGCGCUGGAUGCAAGGUUGGCUGCAGGUUGCAAUACAGACCUCCCAGAAAUCAGCUUGAUUUCUGCUGUUAUUAUUAUUGGAGCUCGUUUUGGAGAGUUUUCCACUUCUCUUUGUGCCAGUAUGGAAUUGGACAUGAGAUUUUUUUGCAUGUGAAUGACAAGAAUGUGUUUGGAAAAGUAGAAACAAACAUUAACGAGGGGAUUUUUUUUUUUUACAGAUUUUAAUGAAGCAUCUGCUUUUGUUUUUUGAACCAACAACCGGAAAGGAUCAGUUGUUCUAGAUCUCUGCACCCCCUAUUGAAAUCAGUGUUUUGCUGAUUACAUUACCAAACACUGAGGACUUCUUCCUGUUCCUUUGGGCUCAUUACUCAGGAGCUGAAGAGCAGCAGAGGUCAGGACCUGAGCUCCAAGAGCCCCCACCACCUUCGAUGUGACAGGAAUGAAUUCCUAUUAUCUCUGAAGGGUGUUGAUGGAGAGCCAUUCGAAUGACAGCCGGGACAGUGGUCAUCACUGGUGGAAUUCUAGCUACUGUUAUAUUACUCCUUAUCAUCGCAGUACUGUGCUACUGCAGGCUGCAGUAUUAUUGCUGUAAGAAGGAAGAGUCGGAGUCGGAGGAGGAGGAGCCAGACUUUGCCGUUACGUCCCGCCUCCCACCGGUCCACUCCAAUCAUAACAUUGUGGCGGCGACGGCCGCCGCCUCCUCCAUCCACAAUGGCCCUGCCCUGUUUUCCACCCCUCCGCUGGCCAGGAAACUGACUCGCUCACAGACCUUCUGUCCAUCCUGCACACACUAUGAGCUGCCUUUCUACCUCCAGCCCCCUCAGCCACAGAUCCACCACCAACCUGAUGGGUUGAGGAACGGAGGCGACCGGAUCAGCUACCGCAGCAUCCAGCAGCAGGAGCUGGACCUGCCAGUGCCUGUGAACAUUUCAAACUAUCGCAAACCAAACCUCGCCCGGUCUGUCACCAUGAGGGACAUGUUCGCACGCAGCUGCAGCAUCAGCACUGAUGUGUAGCUGGUUGGUACUUGGUGUAAGAUUAUGUUUAAAUGGCUCAUAAAGGCUUAAGAUGGACAAGGCCUGAGUCAGACUUUGUUUUUUCUUCAUCUUGACCAGUUUAGUCCAGUCUUCUAUUGUGUGAUGUAGUCUGGUCUCAUUCUCCUGGUCACCUCUUGCAGAAUGGAGGACUCAGAUGGCUCUCAGGAUUGCAUUUUUAAAGGUACUAUGCUCCGGUCCAGGACCUUACACUUGGACCAAUAUAGAAUUAAAAGUAUUUGUUGAAUUAAAAAUGUUAGAUUAUCAAUAACAUGACAUGUUUUGAAUAUUUCCUCUUUUAUUUUUUGACAAGAAUGGAAUUAGUUUUGAGAUUUGAGCACAUUUGCGUCAUCCUACUCCCCCUGGCCUCCUCUACCCAUGGCCUGAAAGACAGAGAGAUUCCCUCUAUGUCAAAAUGACAUGUUCGGCAGGGAUUUGCUCUCUGCCACAGCUGCUACAAACACAAUACGAUUAGGAGAAGUCCAGUGUUUUCCUUUUCUAUUGGGAUGAUCUGUCUGUUCCUCCAUCCACACAUUAUUGAGAUUAUAAAGUAAUAACUCGCCACCAGUGGAAGGACUAGAGAACACAGGGGGGAUGUCGUGUUUUAGCUGCCACCCACAGACAUUUUAGAUGGAUCUAACUUAAGGCCAUGAUAUUUUAAGACAUAAAGGGCUCGCAGAAGAUGUAAAAACCCUGGCUUGUUUUCCACAUCCCGUCAUCGAGGUCUCCGGUUUGAUGAGAGGCUUGUUUCUCUUAGUGCCUGCUAACACUGAGUAAGUGAACAAUAUCAUACACUUAAUUAGAGAAAGACCUCAGUGUUUUUGCAGGCACUUUGGACAAUAGGUGCCGAAAGAGGCUGGGUUCUUGUAUGCGUGUGCAUAUGAGUGAGCGUGCCUGCAUGCGUGCGUGUACGACUUGAUUGAUUGUUAUACUUAUUCCAUACCAUUAAACACAAUCUGUCACCGCUAUGAACCCAGUGGUGGGUUGCAAUAACAAUUUAAACAUUUAUCAUAAAGUGUAAAUCCUGAGGUAAAGUUUCUAGUACCGCUUUUUUUCAGAAAAGGUGGUUCAAGGGAUGAUUCUGGGCUAUGUAACCUUGUACCAGAAAAGAGAAAAGACUCUUGAAUUAAGUUCCAACACUUGUACAAGAAGGACUUGCUUAUGUCAGAGGCUGGGGGUGGGAUUAUUGUGACCAAUAAGUCCAACGUACACAUUGCAAACACCAUUUUUAAGAAAAUCAAACUGAGCUUGCGUUCUGUGUAGUCAGCUAAAAAGAUUGGAUAUUUUUAACUACGGUCCAGUCAUGUUCAGAUGCCAAUGUACGUUUGCAAAGCCAGGACUAAAACUUGAAAAGAGAAGCUGUCAUCCGCCAUCGUCGAUGUUGAUGCUUGAAGUCGCUGCAAGUGUUGCUGGGUAAUCAGAGAUGAAACGGUUGGACCCCAACAUACUGGUUCUUAAGAGGUUCAAGGGUUGAACAAACUCUGAAUCAGCCCUGGCACUAGGUUCACUCUGGUUGAAAUAGGGGAACAUGUGCCACUUUACCCUAAAGUCCUCCAUAAUUCAUUUCACUGCACAGAAUGACCAGAGCAGCAGAUAGGACAAACUGAGUGGGUUUUCAACAAGGUUGUAAAUGUUUUUUUUCCUGAUUAAAGCUAUAACACAGGUUCAAGCUGUGGGUGUCACUCAGACACAAACAGUUUUUUUACAGCAACACUUUUAAAUUCAUUAUCGUUCUUGUUUCAGUUUGUGGACUGCCUUUCUUGUGUUUUGUCGCUGAUUUGUUGCUGUCUGGGUUCAUGGGCUAAAGAUUCAUUCACCUUUAAAGACACAUGUAUAAAUAUUUAACGGGUCAUAACAUACACUGCAGUCUCUCUCUUCUCUUGACGCAUUGGACUGAGGAGUAUUUGCUUUUGCUCCUCCGUCUUCUUGGGAUUGUUUUUUUUUGACUGGGCUGGUGUGCUGAUAUUCUGACUGGAGGAGCAGUGGCUGAGUUUUAUGGACACACAUUUAAUGGAAGGAAUUAGUUACUGGUGGCUUUGUGAGGAGUUUGGAGCUGAUUGGAUGUCCUUUCUUGGAUACCCUGCCCCCCCCCCCUACAGCGCUGCCCAAAUGGAUGGUUAAUGCUCUCCCCAUCUCUCUCUCUCUCUCUCUCGUUUUUUCUGUCUCUCUGUUGGUUUAAAAUCAUGCUCAUUUAUUUUCCCAAAGAGUGAAACAGUAACUGACUUUGUUUUUAAGUUUUUCCUCUUGUGACAUGUGCUUUCCUGCAAAUACACUACAACACAAUACACACACACACUUACACGGACACACAAUAGUUCUCAAUGCUAUGCUUUUCUUAUUUUGGAAACUGAAACUAUGUGACAGUUGCACAGGAAUUGUAGUGCCAUAAUGAAUUAUUAGAGAAAUAUUAUUAUUAUUAUCAUUAUCAUUAUGUUUACUAGUGUAUAUUCAAAUGCAGUGUUGCUUUUACCUUAAAGUAUUUGAAUUACUUGCUUUAUUUUAUGAGCCAGCUGUUUUUCAGACGCAGUACAGUACAGCAGAAAUGUUCCU